GAAAGCCUCAAGGCACAGUCAAGCGGGGAGAGCCGGAGGAAAGAGGAAGAGGAGGGUACGGUCCUCCAGGGAGCGCGUAAAGUUCUGAGUUUGGGCUGUGCGCCUUAACGCACAGACGGCGGAGCCUGAUCGGGUUCUCGAGCAGCAGCAUCAUGAGAGGACACACAGAGGGAGUUCACCUCUCUUCACCAAGGGAGUAAGGAAAAGAAGAGAGGAGAGCAGAAGACUGAAGAAAGCAAGAUAGAGAAAGGAAGAAAGAAAGAAGAAAACUUUCCUCUACAGGAUCUUUCCUCCACGUUUUGAGACUUACCAUGACGCUCUGAAUUCUCUUCCUCUCUCAUAACUCUUCUUCAGUAGCUGAACCCAUGUCUCUAAAAGUGGCAGCCACCGGUAAAAGUGCCAGCACCCACCUCUGGAUGCUGCUGUGCCCCCUGCUCUGUGCUCUGGUCCCUGCUGGAGGCUCCACACUGAGCGCCGAAGACUCGCGGAGCACUGCUGCCACGUUGCUGCCAGAGGACUUGACCGGCACAACAAUACAGCUGCAGCCAGACCUGCAGACUGAAGCCCAGACACCAACAGAAGCACAGACAGAAUCACAGACAGAGGCUCUGACAGACAUGCAGACCCAGGGUGUCACCAGCAAUUAUACAGGUCUGUCCUGUAUGCCUGUCCUGCCACCACGUCGGGGUUCCUUCUACGUAGAGGGUGGAACAGGCGUGUCAAUCGGGAGUGUUUUGGCCUUUUGGUGCAGAGAUGGAUACCAGCUGGUUGGCAGCGACAAAAUCUACUGCCAUGUCAGGAAUGGUAAAGCGCAGUGGAGCAACUACCUGCCUGUCUGUGAAGCAAUCCCCAGGCCGGAGGACCGUGGACUGAGAGUGGCUGUGCUGGCCUCAGUUGUUAGUGGCAUUGUCAUCCUCGCCAUGUCCCUGUCCUUUCUCAUCUGCUGUCUGCAGGAGCGAUCCAGCCGGGACCGUUCCAAGAAAGAUGGACGGAGCAGACGCAGAGACAAGCGCUCCGCCCGUCGCAGCGAGUGCUGGCUGGAGAGAGAGGAGGGCGAAUGGGAAGCCUUCCCUCCACCUAAGAUCUUCCACCUGUCCCAGAGGAUGAACCCCCGUCUUGCUCCAGACAGCCCCCUCUACCUGACAGGAGGCCUCAGUGGAUACGAGAACAGAGGAUACCAAAGGAGUCAGGAGAGUCUGCUGAAGGCCUCCAUGCCCGGGCUCUACCGCUCCGAGUCUCAGCUUUACCCGCAUGUUGUGCUGCAGAGGGUACCAACGCCGACUGCACCGUCUGCUCCCUCCGCUCCCUCUGCUCCCUCUGCUCCUCUCUACCUUCACCUUCCUGACUCCUCUUCUGCCGCUUCCUCACCCGCCCACACCAUCACCCACAGCCAGCUACACGGCAUGCCACAGUACCCCACCCCAACGUAUCCUCCAAAACCCAAUGUAGUGCCAAACUACCGCCACCCAACACCGGCGCCCAUCUAUCCCAACCCCAAUCCAACACCACAGAGGCCAUGGCAGUAAGCUACGUACUCCUGUUUCCAUCUUUUCGGGGCACUGUGGUGCUCCUACUGAAAAACAGGCACGUUCUGAGACACAUGAAGUCUUUUUACUCUUUCUUAUCCCAGUUUUCUCCAACAGAAGUCUGCCAGUGCCAAUAAUCUAAAGCAGACAUGUAGAAAUGGACACGCAGCCAGCAUAGAAGCUCCCCCUUGUUGUGCAUGCUUGAUGGACUUCUCAAUUUGGACUGAGCGGAAACUGAACGACUGUUUUUCCCCUUGAUUCUCACUCAGAUGAGCUACGUUACCAGCAGGGGGAGACUGGUGGAGAACACCCUGCUUUCCUUUAACAACCACCAGAUUGUCAUUACUGAAACCCUAUGUAGCCUACCAACAAAGGGACACAAAGAGUUGUUAUUUAGAUUCCACUAAUUUUGUUCAUCAAAGGAAGACUUUGUUUAGGCAGCUCUCAGAAAUGUACAUUUUAAUAGCUAACUGUUAAGAAAUGAUCCCCCAUCAGCCAUCAUCAGACCUAGUUAUUCUACUCUUGAGCUAAAUAAAUUGACAGAUAUAUAUUUUUUGACUUAUCUUCCCUGGAAUCUCACUCAUUUGUUAACCACAGCCAUGUGUGAUGUAAUGAAAGCAGCUCUUGUUAAUACACUGAGGUAUUUUCCCACAAUGAAUGGGCAAAACACAGUAAUGAGAGGGGGUUUAUUGGUAGCAAGCGUCGUUGUAGCAACCACUGAGCAAAGCCAGUUUGUGUGGAUUUAACAGCACACGGGGUAUUGUUAAUUCACAUAUUCUUUCUUUCAACACUGUUAACUACUUUAAACUUUUUCUUCUGUCUGUUGUGUUUCUUUCUUGCAGCUAUUUGUGUAGUACAAUAAGAAAAUUAAUAAGAAAAUCUUUAGUGAUCAGCGCUGUGGCUGGUGAAACAUUCCAGCAUGGUUAUUCUGGGGACAAAUGUGGGUUACAAUCAAAUGAUCAUCACGUUAAAAUGAAUUCUAUGACAACAUUUUUAAUUUUAUGAAGACCUUUUGUGCAAUGUUAGUGAAACAUGAGGAGGUCAGGCACACUGUGAGUCUGCAGUGGGUGGAGAUGCUAAACCUUUAUUGUUCCUUUGAACUGUUUAAAUGCAUUUAAAUCAUAAACUCUGUGCAAGGCCCAUUUACUUUUAUUUUUAAUAGAACACUAAUAAAUCUGCACUUUAACCCUUUUUUAAAUGGCUAGUCUUUUACUGUAAACGAUUUGUAUAACAACAGGACUGCCGUAAAUGCUAAAUAAAGAGAAUUCAAUAUGU